CUCAACACAAUCACUGGAGCCAGAGAUUCAGAAACAUCUGAACGCAAAUUGGAACCAUGUACAGUCAUCUUCAUACCAUAAUCAGUCCAGAGGAAAUGCUAGUGCUCAUGAGGGAUGCCGAGCAGAACGACGACGACGCGGACAGAUUAGUGGCUGCGCUCGCGGAGAAGCCGCAGGUUCAGUGCAAGCUGGCAGAGGCCCGCCAAUGGUGUGACUGGUUGGAUGGUCAAGGUGAAGGGCGGCGCGACGACUUGCUGAUCGAUUGUCUCGUUUCCUAUCUACAACAAGUCGUGUCGGAGUUUCCUGAAGGCACGAGGCCUUCUGUCCUAGCCACACAAGAAAGAGCGAUAUCCUCUUCCGAUGGCAACCAUGAUCAUAAGACCCAGCCCGACAUUGCCUUCACUCGGCCAGGGAUUCCUGCGCCGCAAGAGGGCAACCCGCUACGUUGGUCCCAGAUCGGGACGUUCUUCGAGGUGAAAGACUCGUUGAACUUCAUCGUGGCAGAGAGGGAUAGCAGCACCGGAGAAAUGAUGUACUAUCCCCGGAGCGACGACGAAGACGAAUCCACAGGCCCCCUGGCGGAGUGGGGCGAGAGGGCGCGUAGCCUGCUCGCGGCUUCGGGUGCAUGGUGCAUCUAUCUCGUCACUUUCAUCGGUCGCAGCGCCCACCUCUUUCGGUUCGACACGGCCGGCUACCAAGCCACGCCGGCGUUCGACUGGUACGACAAGCCGACAGUCCUUCCGCGUUUUCUGUAUCGUCUCUACAAUCCGCGCGGCCAUCCCGGCCGGAUGCUGGGCGACGACUACACGAUCGUGCCGACGGAGCAGGCGGAGAGAGAGCGGCUGCACGCCGCCAUGGUUCGACGUGUGAAAUGCAUGUUGAGGGAGGCGGGAGAGCUCGAGCAGCAGCCCGACGAGCCGGUCAGUACAUCGGGCCAAAACAGCGGCGCCGCGGCUGCCUCUCGGACGACAAACGCCGAGAAAGCGAGCCGACUGCGGAAACUGGCAAAGGCGCAGAAAAGCGAGCUGCGACGCGACGACUGGCUCGCACACAGCUGCGUGAUCCCGACGGUGAUGUUCGAAGACGACGAAGCGACCGGGCGACGGUCGUAUAAGCUCGUCCACUGCCUCACCGUGGGACCGCUGCUCUGGGCGUCGCACAGUCUGUUCGGGCGCGCCACGAAAGUGUUCCGCGUGAUUCUGCGCGAAGAUCUCGACGCUGACAAUCCGACUGUUUACGCGCUGAAGGAUUCCUGGCGCCAAGGGUCUCGUCGACCGGAAGUCGACUUUUACGAUGUGAUCCGCGAGUGCUGCCGACAGAAGGGCAUCGACACGACUGGGAUGGCGCAGUGCCACGGCUGCUUCGACAUGUCGUUCCGGAUCCCGUCGAUUCCCGCGGAGGAUGCCACGUGGGAUCCCUCGCUGCACAGGACUGCGUCUGUGGACCUGCUGCCUGAGCCGGAGCGCGACCUGAUUGCGCGGUAUCAUACGCGGACACUGCUCACUCCCGUUGGGCACCGGUUGUCGACGUUUUCGUCCGUGCGAGAGCUCGUGGAGGGCCUUUACGACGGCCUCAAACAUCUCCACAUCGCUGAGGGAGCCGGGGUCAGACACCGAGACGUGAGCCACGGGAAUGUGAUGUUCGAUGCGUACAGUGCGGAAGUACGGGGCUUUCUGCUCGACUACGACUACGCCGAAUUCAGUGAGGAGGGCCUCGAAACAUUGAAACAGGUUCAUGCAAGGCUGGGCACGGUGCACUCGCUCUACUACCCAAGCAUCAGCAAGACUAUCAAGGAACUCACGGGUACUCUGCCUUUCCUUGCGCUCGAUCUUGCGUUGGAGCGAGCAGACACUCAUGAACAUUACCAUGAUCUCGAGUCGUUCUACUGGCUGCUGAUCUGGACGGUCCUCCGACACACUCGGCCUGAGAUUCAUUGCGCAGGCAAGGACACCUGUGCGGAUCUGUUUGGUCCUUCGUCCAGUGGCAAGAAAUUCUUGUGGGUUCUAGACUUUGAGACUCUCGGUCCUACUGGGUCUGUGCUCCACGAGCUAUCGCAAAGUCUGGGCGACAUGGUCUAUGAACAGAACGCGAAACCCCGUCGGCUGGCACGUAAAUCUUCGACGGAAGCCGCUCCAGCGAAGCUGUCUUACGAAGAGAUGUCUGAAAUGUUUUCAACGCUGCUUGAACAAAACGAACGCUGGGAUGCACUAGAACACACCGAAAGCGUGCCCAAUGCACCUUCUCGAAAGCGGGGAAUGGAUGGUGUUGUCGCAAACGCAAACUCCAAAUUCCCAGUCGGAUACCCCAUGUCCGCAUUGGUGGCGGCGGACCGACGGUAAAGUAUCAAAAAGUUCAAAAUCGCGUCGUCCAGCCGGGUUACAGCUCAGGACACUCCUCUGGAGAAAUCUUGGACAGAUAGGAUAAUCGAUGAUCAUUAGUUUACACCAGUGAAUCAGGUUGUUCAUAGUACAUGUACCGGGUUAAUUAUUCAGCGCAUGGGGUCCUUGAAAUUCGUUCAAGGAAGCGACCCAGUCAUCAUCCCACCACGCCAUCUGCGCUCGCAACACAUGCUCUUGCCCUCA